AUGGACGAUGCUUACAAUUCAUCAGAACUUUUUAUGAAUAAUUUUUUGUUUCGCGUGUUGGAAAGCAAAGCACAGAGUAAAGUCAUGUCAUGUGAAAUGAUAUGUGAUGUGUGUACAUGUGUCUACUCAACAACAAAAAACUGGGGAUCAGAAGAAAUAGAAUUUCUAGUCGUAAUCUUAGCGGAUUUAUUGGCUCAAAAUGACGCGUUGGGGCAUGAAAAGCAUUGCAAAGCGGGUGUCAAGUUGAAGUCGAACGACUUAUGUUGCCCUUGUCGAUAUAAAGAAAAGAAAGAGAAGAAGAAGAAAAAUCUGUGCUAUAAAAACUUGAAAUGGAAACCCAUUUUGAAUGGAACAUCAAUUAAUCCUCUUCUGUAUGUAAACUCUGCAUUGCAAAAAGUAGUUAGAAAUAUUUGUAAAAUUUAA